UGCUUACCUCAGCCGGGCUGACGACACUCUAGGUUGGGAGCUGGGCCCAGCUGUGUGUUUUGCUAACAGCCUUUGGUUACCUGUUUCUCUGACAGCAGACACAAGACAUCGAAAUAAUUUUCCUUUGUGGACUUCUGUUUCUUAAUACCCGGCCCCUGCGGCGGGAUCAUGUCUACCCCCACCUGCUGCGCUGUCAGGAUUAUCAGCAGCUCCUUUCAUAGAGGUGUUGGUGUUUGUGGUCGGGGGCACGUUUCUGUUUUUGGAAGACCAGGAUAUUUUGAUACUGUUGUUCAGCGGAAGAUCCCAUCAAGAAGUUUUUCAAAAACCACUGUGUAUUUUGCCUCUAAAGAUGGAACUACUAAAGAUGGCUCUGGGGAUGGGAAUAAGAAAGCUGUAGCGGAAGGCAGCAGUAAGAAAUCUACCGGGGGCUCUGGAAAAGGAGGCAAUCAGUUGCGAUGUCCAAAAUGUGGAGAUCUGUGCACCCAUGUGGAGACCUUUGUCUCCUCUACCCGUUUUGUAAAGUGCGAGAAAUGCCACCAUUUCUUUGUUGUGUUGUCAGAAGCAGAUUCAAAGAAAAGCAUCAACAAGGAGCCAGAGACUGCAGCUGAAGCUGUUAAACUGGCAUUUCAGCAGAAACCACCUCCACCUCCCAAAAAGAUAUACAACUACCUCGACAAAUUUGUGGUUGGACAAUCUUAUGCCAAGAAAGUGCUUUCUGUAGCAGUGUACAAUCAUUAUAAGAGAAUAUAUAACAACAUACCAGCUAACCUCCGGCAGCAAGCAGAAGUUGAGAGGCAGGCAUCAUUAACACCUAGAGCCAUAGUCAUUAAGUGUAAAGAAGAACAAGGAGUCCUGGAAGUGAUGGUGUGGCCCCCACAGAACCCUGAUCUCAACAUGAUUGAGACUGUAACUGGAAGGGAGACGCUAAAGGAUCGUGCGUCAAAGCCUGUCAGAGUCGCAGAAAGUGAUGUUGAUGUUAAACUAAGCACUCUAUGUGAGCAGGACCGAAUUCUUCAAGACUUAGAAGACAAAAUAAGAGCCCUCAAGGACAAUAAAGACAAGUUAGAAACAGUUCUAGAGGUUUUGCACAGACAAAUGGAUCAAUACAAAGACCAGCCACAACACACAGAAAAGAUUUCCUACCAGCAACGUCUGCUACAAGAAGACUUGGUCCAAAUUCGAGCUGAAAUGUCCAAAGUAUCGACUGAUAUGGAAAACUCUUGGAAUGAGUAUAUGAGACUGGAAAAUGACGUCAGCCGUCUAAGGCAAAUGCUACAGGAUCAAAUGAAUAGAACGAUAUCAUCUCAGGCCCAUGUGAGGGAGGAAACCCUCUCAAACCAGGUGAUCUGUCCUGCUGCUGGACAGAUCUACAUUGUGUAUUUGGGAUUCGGCAUUAUCUCCAGUUUGGGCAAAGGACGCAGGGCAGCAGCAGCAGCUGAUCUUGCCAACACAAGCUCAGAAUCUAACGCAGUACAAGACAUUGAGGAAAAGGAUCGGCUCCUCAGACAUGUAGAAGCCAGAGACCUUAUUGAGUUUGGCAUGAUUCCAGAGUUUGUGGGCCGUCUACCAGUAGUGGUUCCUCUCCACAGCUUGGAUGAACAAACACUUGUGCGCAUUCUCACAGAGCCACGCAAUGCAGUGAUACCUCAAUACCAAGCCCUGUUCAGCAUGGAUAAGUGUGAGUUGAAUGUCACUGAAGAUGCUUUAAGGGCCAUAGCAAGACUUGCUCUUGAAAGAAAAACUGGUGCUAGGGGACUACGGUCCAUUAUGGAAACUCUUCUCCUGGAGCCAAUGUUUGAAGUUCCAAAUUCUGACAUUGUGUGUGUUGAGGUUGAUCAGGAGGUUGUGGAAGGUAAAAAAGAACCUAGAUACGUAAGGACCCAGGCUAAGGAUGUGACAGAGGAUGAAUAUGAUUCUGGUGUAGAGGAAGAUAGAUGGUCCCGCCAGGCCGAUGCUGCAAACAAUUAAUUUGUGUCUCAUUUUUUUUGUUUACCCUCCCCCCCCCCGCAACAUCACCACAUGAAAGCUAAUACCAUGUUUUCAGUGCAGUAAACUUGACUGUUUUAUGCCCUGAAGAUUAUGAAAAAUCUGUAUUUAAUGAGGGUGAUCUAUAUAUAUUUUUUUUAGAUAUCCAAUUUCUACAUACUGGACAUUUAUUUAUGCUAUGUCCAGAAGUGAAAUGUACAUUAUAUUUCAGGGCUUUUUUAAGACAAAUUACUUUAACAAUUCUUUCAAGUACUAGGAUAAAAAAAAAGAUAAUUUUACAAUUACGUUCUAUUAUUGUGUGGAGUUGCACAAGCCUGAUAUGUCAUCCUGGGGGACAAGCAAUGCAUUUGUUACUUUAUCAUUUUACAACUAUUUGUUCACACCUACAUAUAUUUUCAUUCACCUCUGUAUACAAUUAAUUUCUUGACCUCAAAGUCUAAUUUUAUAACUGUUUUAAAUGUCAUCACCAGUCUACAAACUGGAAUCUUUUCAUUAAUGCUAAACAUUUUAGUAUUUUCUUUUAAUCGAGCCAUCUAAAGUCUUUCAUCUGCUUUCCCUCCACACAUGUUAAUUUCUCCUCUAGAUUACAGAAUUAGUCCGCUAAAUACAAUUUGUAAGACAAGGUUUUUUUGUGUUAAAGAGACUGAUUUUAUUAGUCUACUUGCUCUGUGAACCCACCAGAAAUGUAUAAAAAAAAUAUAAUUAACGACCACGGUAGAGGGUUAAUAUGGACUACUUUUUAAGUUAUAGGUUAAAAUUUCUCUGCCGUUUGUCUUUUUUUUUUUUUUCUUUUUUUUUUUUUUCUUAUUAUUUUUGAUUUUAGAAUUUCAGUCAACCAAGCAAAAUAUUUAAUCCUUAUGACAUACACUUGAAGAUCCUUUAGACAAAUGUGUGUGUAACACUAACGGAUUUGUAUGUUUUCAUUUCUGUGGUUCAUUUAAAUGAAUUAAAUAUUUAAAAUUUA